AUGAAUUUGGAAAAGGAAGCGCCAUAUUUUGGGAUGUAUGGGAACAAUUAUUUGAGUCCGAGAUAUAUUGUCACGUCCCCUACCCCAUCCUAUCUUGUUCAAUCAGGAUACCCUGAAUCCGAUUACAACUCUCAUUCACCGAUGUCGUCGAGUGAAAGUCAGGCGCCCACUUAUUAUCAGAUUCAACCCCCAUCACCUGGAGAAAUGGUGAUAGUUCGAACAACGACAGUCACCAGGAAUACCACUUCUAUCCAGCCUGUUCAUUCUACGUUUUGA